UAAACCGCUCCGAAAGGCCGCCAAAGGGCGCAGAGCGGUGCAGACGUGCAGUUGCAAGCGGCUGCCUAUCCGUUUCAUCCGCAAAUAUACCACCCGAGGAAAAUUACACAAGGAAAAAGAGUUUGUUCGUCGGAUCUCCGAUCCAUCAAUCGGAAUCUUCUCGUUUGUUGUAGUCGUCGUGGUUUCGAUCGUCCAGGGUUUCGCGGAGGACCCGGGAAGGAGCAACGUUUGUUCUUAAUUUGGUUGGAGAGCGAGAUAUGGCGCAAGUCCAGAUGCAGCCCCACGCAGUGGUUUCUAGCCCCGCGGAUGCGGCCGCGGCAGGAGUCGGCGCGGUCCGUGUCCCCUCGACGUCGUUGUACGUCGGCGACCUGGAUUUGGGUGUCACGGACGCGCAUCUGUUUGAUUUUUUUAGCCAGAUGGGGCCGGUCGUGUCGGUCCGGGUGUGUCGCGAUGUCAGCACUCGUCGCUCACUUGGUUACGCCUACGUGAAUUUCAGCGAUCCUGUGGAUGCGGCAAAGGCGAUUGAAGUUUAUAAUUUUACACUUCUUAAUGGAAAGACUAUUCGCAUUAUGUAUUCAAAUCGUGACCCUAGCUUGCGCAAAAGUGGGGCUGGGAACAUUUUUAUCAAGAAUCUGGACAAAUCUAUAGAUAACAAAGCACUCCAUGAUACAUUUUCAGUCUUUGGUAACAUCCUGUCUUGCAAGAUUGCGACAGAUGCAUCUGGUCUUUCAAAAGGAUAUGGAUUUGUCCAGUUUGAACAAGAGGAGGCAGCACAAAAUGCAAUCCAGAAGCUAAAUGGCAUGCUCAUGAAUGAUAAGAAAGUAUUCGUUGGGCCAUUUGUUCCUAAACAGGAGAGGGAGGGUGCUGCAAGCACUUGUAAAUUUAAUAAUGUAUUUGUAAAAAAUCUCUCAGACUCUGUAACAGAGGAUACCCUACAGGAAGUUUUCGGUGAAUAUGGAAAGAUCACCAGUUGUAUUGUGAUGAGGGAGGGUGAUGGAAAAUCCAAAUGCUUUGGCUUUGUCAACUUUGAGAACCCUGAAGCAGCUGCUAAGGCAGUUCAGGAGCUCAAUGGGAAGAAAUUUGAUAAUAAGGAAUGGUAUGUUGGUAAAGCUCAAAAGAAAUCUGAAAGAGAACAAGAACUUAAAGAGAGGUUUGCACAAAGCAAGCAUAAGGAUACUGAAACAUUCCAAGGAGUUAACUUAUACGUAAAGAAUUUGCAUGAUAGCAUUGGGGAUGAUAGCUUAAGAGAGCUCUUUGCUGGAUUUGGCACUAUUACCUCUUGCAAGGUCAUGCGUGACAAUUUUGGUAAGAGCAAGGGAUCUGGAUUUGUUGCUUUCCUGUCUCAAGAAGAUGGUUCUCGAGCUCUAUCUGAGAUGAAUGGAAAAAUGGUCAGCGGUAAACCACUUUAUGUUGCAGUUGCACAACGCAAGGAAGACAGGAGAGCACUAUUGCAGGCUCAAUUUUCACAAGUACGUCCAGUGACAAUGCAAGCUUCAAUUGCCCCACACAUUCCAUUAUAUCCUCCUCCUGGGUUGGGGCAGCCACUUUUCUAUGGUCAACCACCGGCUGCACUUGUUCCUCAGCCUGGAUUUGCCUUCCAGCAACAACUUGUUCCUGGGAUGAGACCUGGAGGGAUGCCCUUCCCCAAUUUCUAUAUGCCGAUGGUCCAUCAUGGCCAGCAAAUCCAGCGCCCUGGAGGAAGGCGUGGACCUUCAGGCCCUGUAUAUCAAACUCAGCAACACCCUGUACCAAUGAUUCAGCAACAGAUGAUUCCAAGGGGUGGGCGUCCCUAUCGAUAUCCACCUGGGCGCAACAUGCAAGAAGCUCCUGGUACGGGCGGAGGGAUGCUCUCUCGUCCAUAUGACAUAAGCGGUAUGCCCGUGAGGGAUGCAGGCAUUUCACAGCCUAUUCCUAUUGGAGAAUUGACUUCAGCUCUUACAAAUGCUUCACCGGGGCAGCAGAGAUCGAUGCUGGGUGAGAGCUUGUACCCACUUGUGGAUCAGCUGGAACACGACCAUGCUGCCAAGGUCACUGGCAUGCUCUUGGAGAUGGAUCAAACUGAAGUGCUGCAUUUGCUGGAGUCUCCUGAGGCAUUAAGUGCCAAAGUAGCAGAAGCCAUGGAAGUUUUGAGAAAUGUAGCUCAGCAGCAGCAGCAGCCGCCAGUUGACCGGUUGGCCGCUUUGUCAUUGCAAAACGUUGUUUCUUGAGCUGAUGCAUCUGACUGCCUGGGCUAUACAUGAGCUUUGUCGUCGGGUGAUUUUUGGCUGGCUUUGAUCCUAGAGGUGACUCUGAUAACCUUUUUUGUUUUGUUAUUUAUUCAUUUAGUUUUUUUGCAGAGCUUUUAGAACUCUUGUUAUUUCAUAGGCUCCUCU